GAGGCGGCGGAGGGCGAGGACGAGGCGGGGACUACCAAUGGCUGAUCAGGCCCCUGCCCAGCUGGAGCUGGUGCUCACCCCGGACCCCGACCUGACCACCAUCAUGCACUUGCGCGCAGAGGGCCUGCGCCAGCGGAACGAGAAACGGCAGGACGGAGAACGCCUCCUGCGGCCGGCCGAGUCCAUCUACCGGCUGGACUUCAGCCGCCAGCGGGGCCUGCAGUUCGCACGCUGGCAUGUGCGGCUGGGCCGGCCGGGCCAGGUGACCAUCACGGGCACCUCGCAGAACUGGACCCCCGAUCUCACCCACCUCAUGACCCGCCAGCUGCUGGAGCCGGCCGCCAUCUUCUGGCGGCGGGAGGGCUCCGACCAACUGGAGUGGAACGAGGCGGACGCCCAGGAGUUCGGCGAGAGGCUGUCCGAGCUGGCCCGGGUCCGCAGGGUCAUGUAUUUCCUCAUCACGUUCGCCGACGGCAUGGAGCCGGCCCAGCUCAACGCCUCCGUGCUCUUCGACCUGCUCUGAGCACCCCCGCACCGGCCCCGAGCCCUUCCGACCCCCAGCUCCCCUGUCCUGAGCCCCCUGCUGAUCCUGACCCUC